AUGAAAAUAGCCAUUCUAUACAAGGGUCGAAGAUUGCUUAACGUCUCCAUGCGCAACGACAUGAGCGUGAGACGUCUACGAGAUAUCAUCGAGGAGACACAUCACAUUCCACCUGACAAGCAGACAUUGACCUACAAUGGGCGCAUUCUUGAAGAUGGGAAGUUGCUCGAACAACACUACGGCAUAAAUGACAAAUCGGAAGUAACGCUCUCUCUCCCAUUGGACUUUGAGCCCAACUUCAGGAUCUACGUCAAAGUGCCUGGUGGAUUAAUGAUCAAACGCCAC